AUGCGCCCCGGGACGGCGCCGAGGCCGCCGGCGCUGCUGCUGCAGGUCCUGCUGGUGCUGCUGGCGGCGGCGCCCGCGGCGGGCAAGGGCUGUGUCUGUAAAGACAAAGGACAGUGCUUCUGUGGUAGAGCCAAAGGAGAAAAGGGGGAGAAAGGCUUUCCUGGACCCCCUGGUUCUCCUGGCCAGAAAGGAUUCCCAGGUCCUGAAGGCCUUUUCGGACCACAGGGACCCAAGGGCUCUCCAGGACUUCCAGGACUCACUGGUCCCAAAGGUGUAAGGGGAAUAACUGGAUUGCCAGGAUUUUCAGGUCCUCCUGGACUUCCAGGCACCCCGGGCAAUACGGGGCCUGAUGCACCUGCUGGUUUUCCAGGAUGCAAUGGUUCUAAGGGGGAGCGAGGGUUUCCAGGACUUCCAGGGACACCAGGCUACCCAGGGAUCCCGGGUGCUGCUGGUUUGAAAGGACAAAAGGGUGUUCCUGCUAAAGGAGACGAUAUAGAAUUUAAUGGAAAAGGUGACCCUGGAUUGCCAGGAAUUCCAGGAUCCCAGGGUUUGCCAGGCCCUCCGGGUUUUCCUGGGCCUCUUGGCCCACCUGGCCCUCCAGGACUCUUUGGCUUUCCAGGAGCCAUGGGACCUACAGGACCUAAGGGUCACAUGGGCGAUAAUGUGAUAGGACCAAAAGGAGAGCAGGGUGUGAAAGGAUUAACAGGACCCCCUGGACCACCAGGAACAGUUAUUGUGACACUUACUGGCCCAGACAACAGAACGGACCUCAAGGGGGAGAAGGGAGACAGGGGAGCCAUGGGUGAAUCCGGACCUCCGGGACCCCCAGGGCCACCUGGAGAGUCAUACGGAUCUGAAAACGGUGCAUCUGGAGAGACUGGCCCACAGGGAAAACCUGGAAAAGAUGGUUCCCCUGGCUUCCCUGGCACUGAGGGAGCCAAGGGCAACAGGGGCUUCCCUGGGUUACCUGGAGAAGAUGGCAUUAAGGGCUGGAAAGGGGACAUUGGCCCUCCAGGAUUUCGUGGUCCAACAGAAUAUUACGAUGCACACCCGGAAAAGGGAGAUAAAGGAAUUCCAGGCCCUCCAGGGCCCAAAGGAGCUCGCGGCCCACAGGGUCCUAGUGGUCCCCCUGGAGUUCCUGGAAGUCCUGGAUCAUCAAGGCCUGGCCUCAGAGGAAGCUCUGGAUGGCCGGGCUUGAAAGGAAGCAAAGGGGAACGAGGACCCCCAGGAAAGGAUGCAGUGGGCCCUCCUGGAUCCCCAGGUUGUCCUGGUCCACCAGGACCUACAGGGUCACCAGGACCUCCAGGACCACCAGGAGAUGUUGUUUUUCGCAAGGGUCCACCUGGUGAUCGCGGACUGCCAGGCUAUUUAGGGUCUCCAGGAAUCCCAGGACUUGAUGGGCCCAAAGGAGAACCGGGUCCCCUGUGCACACAGUGCCCUUGUACCCCAGGGCUCCCCGGUCUCCCAGGAUUGCCGGGGUUAGAUGGUGUAAAAGGAAUCUCAGGAAGACAAGGUGCAGCUGGCAUGAAAGGAAGCCCAGGGUCCCCAGGAAGUGAAGGUCCUCCAGGAUUUCCAGGAUUCCCAGGUGCUCAGGGUGUCCCGGGACUUAAAGGAGGAAAAGGUGAAGCAUCUCAGCCUAAAGGGCAAGUGGGUGCCCCAGGAGAUCCGGGGCUCAGAGGGCAGCCCGGGAGCAAGGGCUUGGAUGGAAUUCCUGGAAAUCCAGGAGUAAAAGGAUUACCCGGACCUAAAGGCAAACCGGCCCUGAGAGGUGAGAAGGGGGACCAGGGUCCUCCAGGGGAUCCUGGCUCCCCCGGGCCCCCAGGACCUGCAGGACCAGCUGGAACACCCGGCUAUGGACCUCAGGGAGAGCCUGGUCCAGAGGGCACCCAAGGAGCUCCUGGAGCCCCUGGACCACCUGGAGAAGCCGGGCCUAAGGGAGAAGCCAGUGUAACAAUACCAGUUCCAGGCCCCCCAGGACCUCCAGGGCCCCCUGGCCGUGCUGGCCCCCAAGGUCCACCUGGUAUCCCUGGACCCAUAGGAAAAUGUGGUGAUCCUGGUUUUCCUGGGCCUGAUGGUGAACCAGGAAUUCCAGGAAUUGGAUUUCCUGGGCCUCCUGGACCUAAGGGAGACCAAGGUUUUCCAGGAACAAAAGGAUCACUGGGUUGUCCUGGAAAAAUGGGAGAGCCCGGGUUACCUGGAAAGCCAGGACCCCCAGGAGCCAAGGGAGAACCAGCACUAGCCAUGCGUGGAGAACCAGGAACACCAGGUUUUCCAGGAGAAAGAGGCAAUUCUGGGGAAAGAGGAGAAAUUGGACUCCCUGGGCUUCCCGGUCUCCCUGGAAUUCCAGGAAAUGAAGGGUUUGAUGGGCCACAAGGAGAUCCAGGGCAGCCUGGGCCACCUGGAGAAAAAGGACCCCCAGGAAAGUGCAUAGAGGGUCCCAGGGGAGCCCAAGGACUUCCAGGCUUAAAUGGAUUGAAAGGGCAGCAAGGCAGAAGAGGAGAAACAGGACCAAAAGGAGACCCAGGGAUUCCAGGUUUGGAUAGGUCAGGAUUUCCUGGAGCACCUGGACCACCAGGAAUGCCAGGACAUCAAGGUGAGAUGGGACCACCUGGUCAAAAAGGAUAUCCAGGAAAUCCAGGAUUUUUAGGGCCUCCAGGUGAAAAAGGAAUGUUUGGGAUGAUGGGCUAUCCUGGAACGACUGGCCCUCCGGGGCCUCCUGGGAACCCAGGCGCUCCAGGGCAGAGGGGUCAUCUUGGAAUUCCAGGAGUAAAGGGCAGGAGAGGACCCCCAGGAGCCAAAGGGGAACAGGGAGAUAAAGGAAACCCUGGGCCUUCUCAGAUAUCCCACCUAACAGGAGACAAAGGAGAGCCAGGGCUCAAAGGAUUUGCAGGAAAUCCAGGUGAGAAAGGAAACAGAGGCAUUACGGGGUUACCAGGUCUAAAAGGCCUCAAAGGACCACCUGGACCACCAGGACCACCAGGCCCCAGAGGAGACGCAGGCAUCACAGGGAAUCCUGGAGAACCAGGACCACGUGGCGUGCCAGGAAGCACGGGGAACAUGGGCAUGCCAGGUUCUAAAGGAAAAAGGGGAGCAUUGGGAUUCCCAGGGAUAGCUGGAAGACCAGGCCUCCCAGGUAUUCACGGUCUCCAAGGAGAUAAGGGAGAGCCAGGUUCCUCAGAAGGUACAAGGCCAGGACCGCCAGGACCACAGGGGGAUCCAGGAUUGCCAGGUGACAUGGGAAAGAAAGGAGAAAAGGGGCCACCCGGCCCACCUGGACAUUCAGGGCCGGCUGGAUCUGAGGGAGCCCCUGGAAGUCCCGGAAGUCCUGGCCACCCAGGAAAGCCGGGUCCUGAUGGUGAUUUGGGGUUUAAAGGAAUCAAAGGCUGCCUCGGCCCUCCAGGAAGAAAAGGCCCUCCAGGCCUUCCAGGAUUGCCAGGAUCUCCUGGACCCAUGGGUGUGAGAGGUAACCAAGGACAUGAUGGAAUUCCUGGUCCAUCUGGAGAAAAGGGAGACAUGGGUUUGCUGGGGGUACAUCCAGGCCCAAGAGGGAAUCCUGGUGCUCGAGGAGCUAAAGGAGACAGAGGAGCCCCAGGCUUGUCUGGCCUGCCUGGCAAGAAAGGGACAGUGGGAGAUGUUGGGCCCCGAGGACCUACUGGCCUAACAGGACUCCCCGGGCCACAAGGCGUGCCUGGUGCAAUCAUCCCAGGCCGAAAAGGAAAUCGAGGUCCACCAGGCCCGAGAGGAAACCCAGGUGAUCCUGGUCCCCCUGGGCCUCCAGGAAGUCAUGUAAAAGGCAUAAAAGGAGAUAAAGGAUUUAUGGGCCAGCCUGGCCCAAAAGGUCCACCUGGAGCUGUAGGAGACAAAGGACCACCAGGUCAUCUGGGUGCACCAGGUACCCCAGGUCUUCCAGGGCUCAGAGGUGAUCCUGGAUUCUGUGGAUUUCCGGGCAUAAAAGGAGAGAAGGGUAAUCCAGGAUUUCAAGGAUCAAUUGGACCUCCAGGGCCAACUGGGCCAAAAGGGCCACCUGGUGUACGUGGAGACCCUGGCACAGUUAAGAUCAUCUCCCUUCCAGGAAGCCCAGGGCCACCAGGCCCACCUGGAGAACCAGGGAUGCAAGGAGACCCUGGGCCACUGGGGCCACCAGGAAACCUAGGACCCUGUGGGUCAAGAGGAAAACCUGGCAAGGAUGGAAACCCAGGAACUCCUGGGCCAGUUGGAGAAAAAGGCAACAAAGGUUCUAAAGGAGAGCAAGGACCACCUGGAUUAGAUGGAUUGCCAGGUUUAAAGGGAAAACCUGGAGACACUGGGUCACCUGCAACCAGGACAGCAAUGAGAGGCUUCGUCUUCACCCGACAUAGUCAAACAACAAUGAUUCCUUCAUGUCCAGCAGGGACAGAGCCACUCUACAGUGGGUUUUCUCUUCUUUUUAUACAAGGAAAUGAACGAGCCCAUGGACAAGACCUUGGAACUCUUGGCAGCUGCCUACAGAGAUUUACCACAAUGCCAUUCUUAUUCUGUGACAUCAAUGAUGUGUGUAAUUUUGCAUCUCGAAACGAUUAUUCAUACUGGCUGUCAACACCAGCUCUGAUGCCAAGGGACAUGGCUCCAGUUACCGGGAGGGCCCUUGAGCCUUACAUUAGCAGGUGCAUUGUCUGUGAAGGUCCUGCAAUUGCCAUAGCCAUUCACAGUCAGACCACGGACAUUCCUUCAUGUCCCCAUGGCUGGAUUUCUCUCUGGAAAGGAUUUUCUUUCAUCAUGUUCACAAGUGCAGGUUCUGAGGGCGCUGGGCAAGCUCUGGCAUCCCCCGGCUCCUGCUUGGAAGAAUUUCGAGCCAGCCCAUUUAUAGAAUGUCAUGGAAGAGGAACAUGCAACUACUAUUCAAAUUCCUACAGUUUCUGGUUGGCUUCGUUAAAUCCGGAAAGAAUGUUCAGAAAACCUAUUCCAUCAACUGUAAAAGCUGGGGAGUUAGAAAAAAUAAUAAGUCGCUGUCAGGUGUGCAUGAAGAGAAGACGUUGAAGAAAUCAAAGAAAAUAGAACUGCUAUUUUUCAUCCUAAAUAACAAAGUUAUGACUCAGGACAUGAAUUUAUUUAGGUAUUUUUUCUAACCAAACAAUAUUGCUCUAUGACGGCUUAGUACAAAGUUUCAAUUUGUUUCCCCAUACAACAAAGCAUUUCUUUUAAUUUAGUUCUGUGAUAUUGAUCUCUAAAUCUAGGUUGUUUCAAAGUUCCCUGUGGCGAGGCAGCAAUUUUUCACAAAGUAUCACUGAAAUCGUAUUCUACUUUUAUCCAAUGCAAAGUCUAAAUGGCAAUUAUGUGAAGAUUGAAUGCUACAAGUUAAGAGAUAUUUGGCCCUCUGGAUUCUCAACAUCUGUCCUCUUCUCUUUCAGUCUUUGAGACUCAGGGAAGCUAAGUCAAUUGUACACAGGCCUGCAGCCCCCUUCCUGAAACUUUAGACCCUGGGUAGAGAAGGAGAUGGGAGCAUGUAGAAUACUGGAGCAUCAAGAAUAGAACUGGACUUUCAGACCUGUUGAGUAGCAUGAGGCCUGAAGGAACACAAUUGAAUUGAGAUGCAUGGAUUUUCCAAAAUUCUUUCAAACAUACCCAGAACUAAGGGCAAAAUAGGGUUCCCUAAAUGGAACCAUAAUAGCCUUGGAAAUACUUUAUGGUUUUUGUUUUGUAUGUCUUUGAAGAUUUCUGUUUGUUUGUUCAUUGAAUUCACUUCACUGCAACAAUAGAGCCUGCUUGUAUUCAUAGUAGAUAACAUUUUUACCCUUAGUGAAUUAAUUUUAGUAGGAUAUUAUUACAUAUGUUUAUUGUUUACUUCAAAAUGUGUCUAACUUUUAACUCCUCUUUUACGAGCACAGCCACACUAAUAACAAGGACACAACUCAUUGCAUGUGCACUUUAUCCCCAUCCCCUUAAAUGUUGGUGCAUACCUUAUAUAAUUGAGUAGUUCAAUAAUCCAUAAAAGAAUUUAAGGCAUUCAUUGGCUUAUCAGGCUCAGAAUAUUUUUUCUUUGCUCUAAAUAUUUCAUUACUCUGGUUUUACAGAUUUAUUCUAUUGUUACUUCUCUAAUUCUUCCCUUGUGAAAAAACAAGUUUUUUUUUAUGUUGUAUAUUCUUACAAAUCAUAUUGAAAGAGUUCAUUGUGUAAAAAUAUUAAUGUACAAAUUGUACAACUUGGCAACUGUAUGUCUUAAAACUUGCUUUUCACUGUCUUGAUACAUUCCCAAGGUUACUUAAUUCAACUAAACAAGCAUUUUAUUCGGUAUCAAGCCAUGUCCCAGGCACUGUGCAAAAUUAUAGAGAUACUAAGAGAAAAAAGGGAGACUGUUUCUAAUCUAAUAUCCCAGAAAAGGCAACUUAUUGCUUCUGUUAAGAUCUCAUAUAUGAGUUGCUUCUCUCCCUUUUUUCUUCUUUUGUCACAUUUUUAUAUUUCAUCAUCAUAAUUCAGCAGGCUUGAGUGAAGGUUUAAAAAUAAGAUCUAUGCCCAAGGAAAGCUCAGAAUUUCUAGCUUCUCUUAGGUACUGCAGAAGCUAAGGUCUGAACAAUAUGAAAAAAAGAAAUCUACAAAACAUUAAAAACCAUUUAUACUUCAUGGUAGCACUAUUUGAUGAGUCUUAGCGGUGAGGCAUCAUGAGACAAAGCUUUGAAGAAGCUUCUUGACCCAUCUAGGUGGAAUUGGUGAUGCUGACAUUUAAAUUCAGGCUAUUGCUUCAAUGUCAAUCACUUUGUAAGUGAAAAUGUGACCCCAGAGGACAGCACAGACUGUGGCCAUGGUGUACAUUCUUGACUGCUCACAUGACUGCUGCCAAGCCAUUUUACACCUAAACUAAGACAAGCAGCAUUUUACUAUUGUUUACUAAGAUUCACCUAAUAUUAAGACUUGUCUGCACUAAAAAUAUUCUACUUACCCAAUUGUACUAUGGGGCAGAUAGGGCUAGCUGAUCUCCAUAAACCCUCUGUAGGCAAAUAGUUCUCAAAGUGUGGUCCUCAGACCAGCAGCAUCAGCAGCACCUGGGAACUUGUUACAAACGCAAAUUCUAGGGCCCACUCCAGACCUAUAAAAUCAGAAACUCUUGAGGGUAGGGCCCAGAAAUUUUUGUUUUAACAAGCUCUCAACAUGAUUCUCAUGCACUUUAAAGACUGAGAAAAACUGCUCUAGACAAACAGCCAAAAAAUUGGCUACGAUUGCUCAAUCCUUGCCUCUUUUUAAAGUCUAAAAUUACAGAUGACUGUAAGUAAUUUAACUACACUAAUAAAUAAAAGUCCUUGAUUGGUGCUAAUGCCAAAUGACUGGCCUCUGCUCAUCCCCAAACCUCCACCUUCUCUUGCCCUCUCAUCAGUAUCUAACUUCUGAGGAAGACAAGUGAUGCUAAAACCUUAAUUUCCAAUGAAGCCAUGUGAACAGUGGUUCAGUUGUGGUUCAGUCAUACUUCUAAGACUGAGCAUAAAAUAUAGCUCAAGUGCAUCAUUUUCCAGAUACCUAGGAGUAGCUUAUAAAGUUAUAAAGAUUUAACUUUGUAGAUAAAAUGUAAAUAACUUGUUUCUUCUAAAGUUGGGGCUUCAACUUUGGAAUUUCAGUGUGCUAAAGUAACCAAAUUCUCAGAGGUCUUUCUUUCUGCAAGAUAAACGUUAUUAAGUAACUUAUUUAUGAAAGUAUUAAAAUAAUGCUUAAAUUUGAAUUUUGUUGCUAACUUACAAAGAUUUUUCUAUGUAUCAAAUGUAACUUACUGCUACUGAACUUAAUUUAAUAUUUACUCUAUAACCAAAUGAACUAUAUUUAAAAUAUAUUGAAUAUUUUAUAUUGUUAUAUUCUGACAAAAUUACAAUUCUGUAAUGUACUAAUAUGUCUGUAAUUAUAGCUAAAAUAUUAUUUUAUUGUACUAAGAAUAAAAUUGAAAAAAUUGUA